UGAGCGGAGGGAAGAUGGCGGCGGCGGCGGGCGCGGGGGCCGGGCCCGGGCCCGGUGCGGGCUCCUCGGCCGGUGGCGGCGGCUCCAACCCGCGGAAGUUCAGCGAGAAGAUCGCGCUGCAGAAGCAGCGGCAGGCGGAGGAGACCGCGGCCUUCGAGGAGGUGAUGAUGGAGAUCUGCUCCACACGGUUGCAGGCGCAGAAGCUGCGGCUGGCGCACAGCCGGGGGCCCUACUACAGCGGCUCCCUCCCCAACGUCAACCAGCUGGGCAGCGGCAUUCCCGACUUCCAGGGCCCGCUGCAUUCCCCGCUGGACUCUGCGCGCAGCACCCGGCACCACGGGCUGGUGGAGCGGGUGCAGCGGGACCCGCGCCGGAUGGGAUCCCCGCUGCGGAGAUACGUGCGGCAGAUAUCCUUCAGCACGGGCGGCGUUCCCGCGGGAUCAGCGCCCAUGGGCAGGCAGCGUUCCCGCGGGAUCGGCAGCUAAGGGCAGGCAGCAUUCCCUUGGGAUCAGCACCCAUGGGCAGGCAGCGUUCCCUUGGGAUCAGCACUGAUGGCCAGGCAGCAUUCCCUUGGGAUCAG